UCCGAUUCUUUUUUUUUUUUUAUUGAUCUCUUGCGGAUCGUCUGUUCUUCUUCUUCAUCUUUAAACCCCUCCUUGGCUUCUCGUCAGGGCAAAACAUAAAUAUAAAAAUAUAUACAAAUAUACAUAUAUAAUGUCCGACGGCGGCACGCCUGAGCGGCAGUCUCUGCUGCAGAAGACGACGAAAAAGGGACCCAUUCCUCAGCCGCCCUCGACAGCAGCGACGACGACGACGACGGGAGCACCGGCACCACGGCGGCCGGGUAUGCCUCCGAUGAGGCGGUCUUCGAUAUGGAAGCAUCGUCUCUCGAUCCUCGAUAUCGCUCGGUUGACGAUAUGCAUGCUCGGGGUCCAGUUCACUUGGACGGUGGAAUUAGGUUACGGAACCCCUUACCUCCUCUCACUUGGGAUCCCCAAAUCUCUCACGCCGCUCGUAUGGCUCGCGGGUCCAUUGUCUGGACUGGUGAUCCAACCGGUGGUGGGCGUGUUCAGUGACGCGUUGGAUUGGAAGAUUGGUCGACGACGACCCUUUAUCCUGAUAGGCGCGGUCCUGACGGCGCUCUCGAUGUAUAUGGUCGCGUAUGCGAAGGAAUUGGCGGUCUUGGUUGUAGGACCGGAGCAGCGGGGGGUUUAUGGAGGAAAUGCUGAGGAGAUGGCGGCUGCGCAGAUCUCGGCGGUAAAAGCUUGGACGAUCGGAUUCGCAGUUUUUGGCUUCUAUUGCCUGGAUUUCUCCAUCAAUGCUGUCCAGGCGAGUUGUCGGUCCCUGAUCAUGGACAUCCCACCGACAGAACAACAAGAGGUCUGUAACGCCUGGUCGGGCUGGAUGAACAACCUUGGAUCGGUGGUCGGGUUCUUUGCGGGGUACUUGGAUCUCGUAAAGUACUUUUCGCCUUACCUGGGAGAUUCCCAGAUUAAGAUCUUGGCCAACUUGGCGAUGAUGGUCUUUGGAACUUGUCUGGCGAUCUGCUGUUCGAGCGUUAAGGAAAUGCAGUACCAGCCGACUGAGGAGGAUCGCAAGAGAUCGGUGUGGAGCACGCUGGGAAACAUCUGGAGGGCGUUCCGUCAUUUGCCGGAGGAAAUUCAACGGAUCUGCAACGUCCAGUUCUUCGCAUGGAUGGGCUGGUUCCCCUUCCUCUUCUACUCCACGACCUGGGUCGGCGAGAUCCUUCAUCGAUAUGACGUCCAGCCCGACGACCCCAGCAGGAACAACACCCUCAUCACCAUUCUCAACUAUUCUGGCGGCGGUGUCAGCAGCAUUAGCAGUGGAGACGAGACAACAGCGGAGCGUGCCGGAUCAUUCGCCCUGCUCUGCUGGGCUGGUGUCGCCGUGGUCUGCGGAAUCGUCAUCCCGAAGAUCACCCCACAAGAGAUCGGACCUGAGGUCUGGCCCCGGAACCCGUUUACGCUGAGAAACCUAUGGACGAUGUCGUUGGCGUGGUUCGCGGUCUGUAUGGGGCUGACCUGGUUUGUUGAUGAUCUCUGGGCGGCCACGGGGGUCAUUGCGCUGUGUGGUGUCCCAUGGGCGGUCGCAAUGUGGAUUCCCUUUGCGAUGGUCGGGGAGAUCAUUAGCGAUAUGAAGGAUCGACUUGAGGGUAGUGACGAGAACCUGCUGGAUGAUGAUGAUGCAGGGUACGGGACUAUCUCACCAGUGUCCACCUUGGAAAUCAAUGGAAGUUCGAGACAUCUGGAUGAAGGGCAGAGCAGUAAUGCCUUUCGACCAGCGCGUGUUCGGUCUCACAGCAACAGCAGCAGCAGCAGGAGUAGCAUCAAGAAUCACAAUGACAACGAGGAUGGUGAGGAACACAACCGUCGCCCGACAUAUAGACUGAUCGGAAACCGUGGAUUAUCGCAAUCGGAACUUGAGAACGAACGCCGACACCGCGGACCAACACUCGAUGCAGGCCUGGUGCUGGGGGUCCACAACAUGUACAUUGUAUUCCCACAAUUCGCUGACGCCAUUAUCGCAAGCUGUCUGUUUGCGAUGAUCGGAUCAUUCCCCCGAGAGGGUCAAAGGCCACCGGUGACGGGACCACAGCCUGUGCCCGGGGGCGAUGGUGGAGCGCCGUGGUUGAUGAAGGUCAUGGCGGCUGGGGACCCGGAACCGGUGGGAUGGGUGCUCAGGUUCGGAGGGGUGAUGGCGCUCGUCGCCGCGUAUUUGACCAGGCGAUUGUGAGCGAGGGGAGGGGUCUUGUUAUUUAGUCCGCAUCUUGUUCUUUAUCCACCUAUAUUCCCUUGAUGAUACACCACAGAUACUUGAUUAUUACAAUAGUACACGACAAACAUGA